AUGCGAUUCUAUGAUUCAGCUCACCGACAUAAUACAGUAAUUGAAAAGGGGUGGGGAAUCCGCCGCUUGACCCUCAAGCUUGGCCAAGAGAAACCCACUCCCUCGCAGAGAAAAAAAGAGAGUGGGAGGGAUCCAACAGACAGACAGACGUUCUGGCCAAUCGCCGCUCGGGAAAACCUUCAGCCAUUCAGGGAGCCCGCUUGGAGAGCUACGGACCAAUCAGAGCGCCGCCUCCUUCCUCGGCGUUCGAUCGUAGUAGCCGGGUCCCAGCUUGCGGGAUCGCAGUCCGGGCAGCAGCAGCAGCACAGCAGCCAAGGUGUCUGUUGCGUCCGCGCGAACAAAGGCAGCUGUGCGCAAUCGGGACUAGCGGCGUGCGCAGGCACCCAAAAGCGGACGAGGAGGAAAAGAGGCAGGGCGCUCUGCAGUAAUUGGUGGUGCAACGCCGGGCUCGCUCUGCUGCUGGAAGCGCAGAAUCUGCUGGCUUGGGGGUCCCGGAUCUUGCCCCCCCCCACCGCCAAACACCAUAAGCCAGAUCUCCACGAGAAGAGGCGAGGGGGGUCCCGAGCAAACGGCCCCGAGGGGACAACAAAGGAGGGAAAGGAGGAGGCAACGUGGGCUUGGCGUCGCCCCACCAGCUCGCCGCUUUCUGCUUGCCUCCACCGCCCCCAGGAAAAGGCUGAUCAUCCUACCGGGGGUCGGAUCUCCGGCAAAGUUCGCCUGACGAGGCAUCCCGGCCAGCGGGUCCGCGCUCUUCCCAUGCGCAGAGGGGAACCCGGAGCAGCGCUCGCCAUGCGCUCGGCGCUGCUGCUGCUGCUCGGCGUAAUCUCCUCCUGCAGGGGAACUACCGUAGCUGGAACCACGAUUGGCACGUCGGUGAAGCCCACUGCUAAGCCCACCACGUUAACCCCCGGAAUUACUGCUUCUCCACCGGCGAUCGUGACGACCCUGAAGACCACCGCCUCUGCUACUGCAGCCAAAAGCAGUGUCUCGACAACUGCACCCCAAACAGGAAGGCCCCCACCAACUACGUCCACGGGGACCACUAAUAAACCAGCAGGCACAACAAGUGGAGUCAAGGGGUCUCUUACCACCACAGCUACAUCAGUGGCUGCAAUCACCCCCCAACCGCCCUCUGCGACCGUAGUGGCGUCGACCAAAGCUACGUCUGCGAGGCCCCAAGAGACGACGUUGUCCUUGACAGGCGUUGCGUCAAAAGCGACGGCCUCGACGCCACACGCUGGAGUUGUGGCGACAAGUGCCCGGACUCAGAAGCCAGGCAGUUCAGCUGCUACCACUCCAGGGAAGAGCCCGGGCACUACCAGCACAACGCCAGGUUCAAGAGCAGUCACCACUGUUGCUUCUACAGCAGAGAAAUCUACAAGCAAGACCAUUGUCCCUGCUACAGUGCCCACAGAGAAGCCAAAGAAAGCUGAGUCAACGACAAGAAUGGCGACAACGAAAGGACUUGGGGGGACGGCGGGCAGCACAGCCAUGCAUACAGCGGGAGCGGUUACAUCACCCCCCGGCUCAAGCUCUGGGACUUCAGUCCCAAGGAAGACCCCCUCAGCCUCUCCGCAGCCACCCGUCGCAUCUCCUGAUACUUCUUUCAUAGCCCAGGCCAAGAUUGUUUGUGAAAAAGCGGUGCCACCCGAAGACCAGGCAAUCAUUUUGACCUUGAACCAAUCCACGCCAUGUAACAGUUUGGAGAAGAGCCCCGCAAAAGAGCUUCUCUUGAAUGUCCUCUGCAAAGCGGUGAAACCCACCUUCAACCAGAGCCGGGAUGGGUGUUUGGCGAGGCUGGCCUCCAAAGACGACCCCAAGUACUUGGCUGUCCUCGAGGUCGCUGUGUUGACAAACUCUGCGGAUAAGGAGCUGUUUGACUCUUUGGCGGCGAAGAUGGAAGAGCUGGAAAAGAUUGGAGUGAAGAACAUCACCCACGGUGGCAGGAGCAGGGACCCCGACAUGGAGGAUCGCUUCAGCAUGCCCCUGAUCAUCACCAUUGUCUGCAUGGCUGCCUCUCUGCUACUUGGCGCCGCCAUCUACGGCUGUUGCCACCAACGCCUCUCCCACAAGAAGGACCAGCAGCGCCUGACCGAGGAACUUCAGACAAUGGAGAACGGUUACCACGACAACCCGACCCUGGAGGUGAUGGAGACCUCCUCGGAGAUGCAGGAGAAGAAGGUCAACCUGAACGGGGAGCUUGGAGACAGCUGGAUUGUCCCUAUGGAUAGCCUAACGAAAGAGGAUCUGGAGGACGAAGAGGACACACAUUUAUAAUUGCUUGGGGCUUUUUUUGUUUUUUAAAGGAAAGAGAGAGAGAACUUUGUGCUAAGCAAAAAUUUCAAAACACUGAAAACUCAAAACUUGCAGCCACAAGUGCCGACAUGCAGAAGGAGCCUCGUGGUUAUUGGGCGAGAGGAUUUGUCGAGGGGCAUCUGCCGUGGCCAAAUCCUUUGUUUUGUUUGUUUUUGUUUUUUAAAAUCCCAUUAGCUUUCUAAGCAAAUUCUAUGUGUUGGUGUGUGUAUAUGUGUAUAUAUAUAUAUUUUUAAAGACCGUGCCUCCUAUUUAAUUGUUGAUUAGGGCAGGCAGGAGUGUUUGGAACUAGGGAUUUGUCGCUCCCUUUCCCCUCCGGAUGCUAAGGGACCAUGAGAGCAGGGCUGGAUGUACUGCUCAUUUUAACAGGAGCCAAGGUUCUAGUCCUCAUGGCCGCAGAGAAAAAGGUGGGAGCGCCUGUUCAGAGGACAGAGUUGGAGCUGAACUUCUGCCGUUUGUGGGCAGCCUGAUAAGGCAUCGCUCCCUCACGGUUAACAGCCGCAGGGGGGCGCAUUAUGCAAAAACUCAAGCAGAUAUGCAAAACCCGGGGUGCAUUGGGCUCCAACAUACAGGAGACUCUGGAUAUUGGCAACAGGGCACAGCGUUAAAAGCAUUCUCCCGAUCUUCGUAGGUCAGGAUCAGGCCAUUAACUAGCCCGUUCCAGUACGUAAGCAUUUUGCAACAAGACAGCUGGCGCCUGCACUGAAUAUGUGCCAGCCAUGCUAGGAAGAUUCCGUUGUUGUUUCUGCAUUCUUCCUGUAGAAUGCAAAUUUGGCGUCAGGGUUUGUGCAAGAAUGAAGCACCGCAAAACCCAAAUGGGCUACGACUGGGAGCAUUAGCCCAGUGGCACAAUUUCAGGAAAGAGAUUUGUAUGCAGGAACAUAGGAGCUGCCUUAUACUUGACUAGAAGACACUGAGCUCAUCUAGCUCAGUACUGUUCUACACUGGCCGGCAGUGAUUCUCCAGGGUUUCAGGCCAGUUUGACCUGGAGAUGCCGGGGAUCAUCGAGCCUGGGACAUUCUGCAUGCAGAGCAGAUGUUCUACCGCUUAAGCUAUGGGCCGUCGCCUUGUACGUGGGAGCAAGGCAAGGCCCGCAGCAAUGUUGAUAGGCCCACUUUGAAAACUAUUCCAAGGCUAAAUAUCGAAAAGAAAAAAGAGGGGGGGGGAUAUAAUAUGCAUUGCUAAAGGGAUCCACACCAAUCUGCGCCCCACCCCCUUUCCAAGAGCAUCUCAUGUUUUUCUUCUUAAUAGUAGCUAUAGCAAUAUUUAGUCAAUGGAGGUUGAAACAGUCACCCAUUCCUUUCAUUGAAAGACAAGGACGGUGGCGAUGGGGUUUGUGCCUUUGACAUGCAUGGUUUGAUCCAUAAACUCAUUUAAUGGUGCAAUUUAGGGCGUAAAGCUACUGAGUGAUCGAACUUGCAUGUGCUGCAUAAUAGGGGGUCUUAGCUGUGGGGUCUGAAACAGCGGAACAUUUGCAAAGGGAAGCUUGUUUCUCUGUGGAAAGGGAAUUGGACGAUGCCCCAAAGCCUCGUUGGGCUCUUUCAGGCUCCCAAAUUUGCCCUUU